AUGAAAUCUACCGUACAAACAAUAGGAAAGCCGACCACAAUGCCACCACCACCAAAACAACAAAAGAUUGUAAUUGCCAAAAGACCAACACAAGCAGCAAAGGCCGGAGCUGUUAUAGAGCUUAGAGCAAAUUUUAUACCUGUUACUAAAUUUGAGUUCCCAACCGUUCAUUAUUAUUCGUUUGACAUUACUGAUCAUAAGAAGAAAAAGGCAGGAAGAAAAGAUUCCGAUAAAGUUUUUGCUGAAAUGAAAUUAAAAAAGAAAUUCGGAGCAAAUAAUUUACCUGUAUAUGACGGUGGUCAAGUAUAUUCAUUUACCGAACUAACGAUUGGUCAUAGUACCUCUACACGUAGUCAUGAGGUAACAAUUCCAGUAGAUUCAGAUGGAUCCGGUCGUGCAAAGCAUUUCAAAGUUGAAAUGAAAUAUCAAGGCACAAUCAAUCUCCGAGAUAUAGGGGAAUACAUUAAAAUUGGGUCCAAGAAACCUUGGGAUGGAAGCAUUCAAAAUAAUUUAACUGUUUUGAAUGCUUAUACCAAUUUUAAAGUUCGUUCAAGACAUUUAUCCGUUGGAAAGAAAGCAAUAUUUCCUACGGCAACUGAUAGUAAACCAACUUAUUUACCAGGAGGAAUUGAAAUGAAACAAGGAUUUUAUCAAUCUAUAAGACCGGGUUGGAAUCAAUUAGUGAUAAAUGUAGAUAUAUGUGCAACUACAUUUUAUCCGGAAGGACCUUUAAUCGAUGUAGUUCCAAAAAUUUUAAAACAUCCUCGUGAUAAACAUGAAAAGACUCGAGACGAAUUAAGAAGGGGACUCGAAAAACGGGAAAUUGAUGCUCUAAAUUGGUAUCUUAAAGGCUCUAUGGUCUGCGUUACUCAUCGUGGUGAUAAUCGUAAACCAAAAUAUAAGGUUUCAUUCUUGACGAGUGAACCAGCUGAUAUAGCUAAAUUUAAACAAGAUAAUCGAGAUAUUACUGUUAGUCAAUAUUUCAAAGAACAGUAUGGAAAACCUUUACAAUAUGGACGGCUUCCAUGUGUUGUAGUAAUAAAACCUCAAGAUAGAUCAAAAUCAUUUUUCCCCCUGGAAUUUUGUGAAUUGACAACUGGUCAAAAAUAUGAGGACAAACCUCUCUCAGAUGAUGCACGUAGAGAUAUGGUACAGAAGACGGCUGUGAAACCAGCCGAUAGAUUUCAGAGAAUAUUAAGCGGCAUUAAUGGUGUUUUUAAUCAUCAAAAAGAUGAAAAUUUGCGUUCUAUUGGAAUGCAUGUAGAACCCAAAUUUAUUCAACUCAAAGGUCGCGUACUCGCACCUCCAAAUUUAAUUACAACUGGAGGAAAUAUAAUUCCUGAUGGAGGAAGAUGGGACUUGAAGAAGUUCACAGAAUGCGCAGGACUGCAUAAUUGGGCAGUAGUAGUUUUUGAGAAUAAAAAUUUUGCUCCAAUGGAAAAUGUGAAAAUUGCUAUUAAACAAUUACGAAGUUCAUUAAUUGAAAAAGGAAUGAAUGUUUCUACGGAACCGCUAAUUGAGUACGGGAAUCCUCAAGGCGGUUUCGAUAAGACACUUGCAAUUGCAGCAGAGAAAGCACGAAUAUAUAGGGAAAGACCUGCACAAUUGAUUAUUUGUAUUAUUCAAAAGAAAGUACAAGGAUCAUCAGGGAUUCAUGCAAUUAUUAAACGUAUAUGUGGUACUCAAUUAGGUGUAAUUUCACAAUGUAUUGUUGCAUCAAAUAUGAAAGGUCCUACACCUAAUCGUUGGAAACAAAUUUGUGGAAAUCUUGCACUAAAAAUCAAUGGAAAAUUAGGAGGAAAGAAUUGUGCGUUAGCUGAGAGAGAACUUAAUUUUGGAACAAAUCGACCAUAUAUGGUAUUUGGUGCCGAUGUUUUCCAUCCAGGUCGAGAAGAAAAAGGACGACCAAGUGUUGCAGCAGUAUGUGCAUCAAUGGAUAAAACUGUAACAAAAUAUAUUGGACGAUAUAGCAUGAAUCGAGAAAUUAAGAAUGAAACCAUAGAAAAUUUGGAAGGAAUGGCGGUAGAAUUAUUACAACAAUUUAAGAAAAGAAAUAACAUUCUUCCAUUUCAAAUUGUAUUCUAUCGUGAUGGAGUAGCGGAAGGACAAUUUGAACAUGUUCUAGAUAAAGAAGUUAAAGCAAUGAAACGAGCUUUUUCUCGAGUAUAUGAAGCACAUCAAAGGCCACAACUUACGUUUGUUAUUGUACAGAAACGUCAUCACGCUAGAUUUAUGCCAGUUCAACAUACUGAUGCAGAUCGUAGUGGAAAUUGUAAACCUGGUACAGUGGUCGAUACAGCAGUUGUAGUACCCCAAGAAUUUGAUUUCUACUUACAAUCUCACGCAAGUCCACUUGGAACUGCUCGUCCUACUCAUUAUCACGUGUUAGUUAAUGAAGCUAAUUUCCCGGCUGAUGCAAUGCAAAUCUUGACAUAUAAAUUAUGUCAUUUAUCUGUUAGGUGCAAUCUUGCCAUAUCUCAUGUUACACCUGUACAUUAUGCUCAUCAUAUUGCGAAUCAAGCAAAACAUUUUGUAAUAUGGGAUGGAGACAAUAAAUCUUCAGGUUCAGGAGGUCGAGGUGGUGGUGGUUGUAGUAAAUAUACCGAUGCCACGUGUGAAAGAAUUAAAACUGAUAUUGAGAAUUCGAU